UAUAAUACAGCAAUUUUUGUUCGUUCUAGAUGUACUGUCAGAUACAAUUUAGAGACAUGUGAUAUCGUUUUUAAUUUCACAGAUGGUGAGUUGUAAAAUUUAGUUUCGUUUUCUGAAAUACUGUGGAAUGUAACAAUAUUUAUAAAAGCAUUACUGGCUUCAAUCGAAAUUCUGUUUCCAGCAUUCAGCAGAUUUUAACCUCUUUUUUUAGAUACAAGCUUCAUCAAAAUCGGUGCAGUGGUUGCGGACAAAAGCGAUUUUCCCGUUCCUAUGUAUUUAGAUAGGAGCCCCCAUGCUAACGCUUCCUCUUAAGCACCACCCUCCCUGAAUUUUUUUUUUUUUUGUUCAGGCUUCCUCUUGUACUGCCUUGCCCAACAUUGACACGAAGCAGCUGCCACAGUGUGGGCCGCGCUGAUGAGGAAGACCCGAUGACGAGAGGAAGUUCCCGAUUGCUAUAGGGUCGCCAGCUUGACAACCGUUGGUCUACUUGCAAAUAUAUUGAAAGAGGACGACAAAGAAGUGCAAUCGGCACGUUCUCUUCAUCGAAUUCGCUCUCGAAACCAGAGAUCAGCCGCGCAGAAAUUUCGAGCCACGGAGAGAACAACGGCGAGAUUGGUCAGCGGGUCGGCGGAUUUCUACAGCAUGCCACCCAGCGACAUUCGCUCCAUUCUUGAACCCCGGGAAAGCCACCAGACCAGCGGCCUGUCCAGUUUCGUCCGAGCGCGCAGCUCCCAUCGCUGUGGAGCUACGGACUUCAGCAGGGUCAGCAGGGUCGGCAGGGUCAAUUUCAGGCGUUCAAGAACAAAGGCCCUCCAACUCGUCAUGCGGUUCACGUUCGCGCGUACUGUGCACCUGGGCAACUAUUCCACGAACGCCGCCAUGGACACCGCACACGUUACCAUAGGGGGACACACGUGGCAGAACACGACAGCAGUCAGCGUGACUGUCCGCAACGAAGGCUGUCGUGAAACUACAUUCCCCAAGGUCUCUGUCCACCGAGAAGGGGGCAUCGCAGAAGAGUCGAGCCCCACCGGAAUGAACGUUCGCCCGGACGGUUCAAGUGGACUACUCAGGCACGGGCUCCGAUCGGCACCGGAAUUUUCGUAGACUUGGUUACUUUUUUUUGUUUAAAACAUAUUCGCUUGUAGUUUUAUGAACUGAUUCACAGACCUGUUUCUGUCGCAGGUCUUGAAUCAGUUUCUGUCGUAGGUCUUGCAAUAAAUAUUAGAUUUGUCGAA